CGACGAUUGAAUCUCGCUUCUCACAAUGGCUUCUGCUUGCAACAGAUUAAUGAACAGAUCCUCCGUAUCAUCUCUCAGAUCCGCCAUCAGAUCUUCUCUUCACAAAUCUCCAAUCGGCACCGGAGCUCCGCCGAGCGCUUCCUCCGCCGGAUUUCGGAUUCCGUCUACACCAGCUGCUUCUCCCAGAUUCUCCUUCUCCAGGUGUCCAUCUGAGCUAGGUUGUGUUCAGUCGCUGUUGCCGCUUCACAGCACGGUGGCGGCUGCUAGGCUGACGUCGUGCCUUAGCGUAACAUCGAGAAGCAGCCGAGCUCUCUCUCAGGGUACUCUUUGCUGCACCUCUCCCGACCUCUAAUACUCUCUUUUCUGCUUUCUUUCUUGCACAUAAUUUCACCGUUGCCAUGUGGGAUCCUUGCAUCUUUAUCAAAAAUGGGCCUUUCAGUCCCAAGGUGACCACCUGAUACAUUCAUGAAGAGUAAACUACUGAGGAAGGCAAGUUUCUUCUCUUAAAAGACAAGAAGUUGGUUUUGUUUUUGUUUGCCACUCCGAACUCUUGUUUCUUUAUUACAUGAAAAAAAUAUGUAAUGCCAUUUCUGAUCUUUACAUUAGAUCCUAUCCAUGUUUGAUUCCAUAACUACCUUGACAUUGUGUUUACAUAACCAAAAACACAAAACUUGAAAAAGAUACUAAAGUUGUAUAGCAACAUUGUGCUCUUGAAUCCAGCUAGACCCAACUUCUUUCUCCACCCCUUUAUCUCUCAUAAUCUUCCUAACCUGACUAACUUCUCUCCACCUCUCAUGGUAAGCAUACAGAUUCGACAUCACUAUAUAUACGUACUCAUCUUCAUCAACAUCCCCUAACACAACCAUCUUAGCCGCAACGGCUUUUGCAGCUUUCAGAUCCUUUCCAGCACUACAAGCACCAAGCAAAGCCCUCCAAGCCACACCAUUAAACCCAAAACCGAAUUCUUGAAUUACCAUUUUCGCC